UUGUGGUUUCUGUUUCAUUUCCAGCGCUCAAACUUUGGUUCCUCUUAGAGUGGGGUCUUAAGUAUCUUGAAAUUCUGGAUUGGCGAGUUAAUUUUCUGUGAUUUACGAAUUCUCGGUGUCUGAAAGCCGGUGGAACAAUUUUAGGGAGCAAAGUUUUGAGGACUUUGGAAGGAAAACAUUGCUUUUGCUUGGGCACCUGAGCAGACGUGUGAGGAGUCAGUAGAGUCAGACACAGGAUCACAGCAACUAUGGCUUCAGAAUUCGUGAUGAAUUUAAAAGAGGAAGUGACCUGUCCUAUCUGCCUGGACCUGAUGGUGGAACCUGUGAGUGGAGAUUGUGGUCACAGCUUCUGCCAAGCCUGCAUCACGCUGAACUAUGAAUCCAGCAAAUGCAAUCAGGGUGAGUUCAUUUGCCCGGUGUGCCGAGUUAGUUACCUGUUUAAGAACCUGAGGCCCAAUCGACAUGUGGCCAACAUAGUGCAGAGACUCAAAGAGUUCAAGUCCAGCCCAGAAGAGGAGCCAAAGGUGCUUUCUUGUGCAAGGCAUGGAGAGAAACUCCAGCUCUUCUGUAAGAAGGACAUGAUGCCCAUCUGCUGGCUUUGUGAGCGAUCUCAGGAGCACCGUGGACACCAAACAGUUCUCAUUGAAGAGGUGGUCCAGGAGUACAAGGAGAAGCUGCAGGCAGCUCUGCAAAAGCUGAUGGCAGACAAGAAAGAAUUUGAGAACUGGAAAGAUGACCUUCAAAAGGAGAGAACUUACUGGCAGAAUCAAAUACAGAAAGAUGUGGAAAAUGUUCAGUCAGAGUUUAAAGGAAUGAGAGAUAUCAUGGACUCUGAGGAGAAGAAGGAAUUGCAGAAGCUGAUGCAAGAGAAGGAAGACAUUAAGAACAGCCUGGAAGAGUCUGAAAAUGAGUAUUCUCAGCAGAGUAAGUUGCUAGGAGACCUCAUCUUAGAUGUGGAACAUCAGUUACAAUGCUCAGCCACGGAAAUGCUGCAGGGUGUAGAGAACACCAUAAAACGGAGUCAUACUUUUUCGAUGAGGAAGCCCAAAACCAUCCCCAAGGAACAAAGAAGAGUGUUCCGAGCCCCUGAUCUGCAAGGCAUGCUGCAAGUGUUACAAGAGGUCACAGAGGCCCAACGCUACUGGGUUCAAGUGACGCUGGUUGAAAGCAACAAUCCAAACAUUUUCAUUACCGCCGACAAAAGACAGAUACGAUAUGAAGACCACCAAGCAAGACAUUUUGCCCGUCCGUCUGAAAACUGUCAUGCAGGUGUCCUGGGAUACCCAGCUAUCCAAUCAGGAAAACACUACUGGGAAGUAGAUGUGUCUGGAAAAGGUUCUUGGGUUCUGGGAUUAAGUGAUGGGAGCUACCUCUUCAAUCCAAUAUUUCGUUCAAAUGCAGAAAGACCCCCCAACCCCCCCUUAUUUCGUUUGAAUCUUAGUAAUGAUUCACAUUAUCGUGUGAGACUUAGUAAUGAUUCACAUUAUCAACCUAAAUAUGGCUUCUGGGUUAUAGGGCUGUGGGGAAAUUCUGUGUAUAAUGCUUUUGAGGAGUGUACAUUCACAGACAAGCCCAGUGUGUUGACCCUCUCUCUGAUGGUCCGACCCUGUCGUGUCGGUGUUUUCCUCGACUAUGCAGCUGGCACCCUCUCGUUUUACAAUAUUUCCAACCAUGGCACUCUUAUCUACAGAUUUUGUGCAGGUUCCUUUCCUGAUAGGGUUUUUCCAUAUUUUAACCCCAUGGGAAGUUCAGAGCCAUUGACAAUAUGCUGGCCAGACUCUUAAUCUUCACCUGUUUCUGUGCAUGGUCUCUGGUUCUGAUGUGUAUGUCAUGUGCCUGAACUCAUCAGCACUAUUUUAUCUUUUUGUUCAUGUCUCUAAUCUUUCAUUGGAAAAUAUAUUCAUUUCUCUAGGCCAUAUUCUCAGUUUCUUGGGGUAUUUUUUGUCUUUGUUUUGUUUUGUUUUUAGGUGAGACUAACAAAUCACUUCCCAUAUAGUCAAGGACAAAUGUCUAGUACUCACGGCGUAAGAUAACACCGAUGCAAAAUUCCUCUUAUUCUUCAUGCCAGAGAUGGAAGGCAAGGCCUUGUGCACGGUGAGGAUGUGCUCCACAGCUGAGCUAUUUGCUUCAGCUGUCAUGUCCCUAUAACCUCAUUCGGCCCAUCAAUGAAAGAUUAAAGAAGGUUCUUCGACAACUUGUCUAUUCAUGCUGACUCCUAUAUGAGUCUCUGCUUAAGAAAUGCACCCUGAGCUGUAGGCCAAAGAAUGAAGGAGAAGCAUCACAAGAAGCCUUAUCACUGUGACUAAAUUAAAUGAUCAUUAAGACUGUGCAUCAGUCUUGCCUGGGAGCUCAUACCUGCCAUCCUGCAUCUGGGAAGUUGUGGCAGGAGGAUUGCUGUGUAUUUGAAGCCACCCUUGUAUAGAGUUAAGAGCCUGCUUAAAAAAAAUAAUCAAGAAUAUAUAUAAAAACCACUACUCUAUUUUGUUCUAAGAAAUAGAAUAACUAGAUUUCAGAAUUGCAGGGUUUGGGUCGUUUUCACAAUUUGUAAAUAAAUGUUUACUAAAAAUAAAUGUUAACUUCAUAGCUGUCCAA